GUAAGUCGCUACCCGACUCUCGGGUGAAGAGCGAUCGGAUAUGUUCUUGCGUAGAGGAAACUGCGAUGCUGAUUACCUCUUGAAUAUCCUCCCGAGUGAGUCCUCACCCAUCCUCUUUAUCCAGGUCAUAUCAGUACAUCCCAGCCACCAACCCGAUUGCAUCACCUCUCGAGUGUUCCUGUGGCCUGUGGUCAAUCCACCCGCAAACCAGGUUGGCAAUGUCGCCCUCAAGCACUCCAGAUCAAUCCCACCUCCCCUCCCAUGAUCGAGUAGUCCCGGGCUCGGUGAACCUUCCACCGGCGCCCUGGCCUCGCACCGCCCCGCUCCCUUCAAAUCCAUCAGCCUUCGGCCCGUCCGCCAUUGCCGCGCAGACCGUCACCGCGCUCAACACGGCGCUAGCAAACGCCGACCCGGCCGCCGUGGCAGCCCUCUUCCUCCCGGAUUCUCCGGAAGCAGAAUGCUCUGAUUCCCCCAAUGCCACGGCAACCGGCUUUUGGCGCGACCACCUUGUCCUGACACUGCAGCUGCGCACCCUCAAGGGCGCCGGCCGCAUCCGCGCCUGGUUGGAGGGCCUCGUCCCCUCGGGCCAUCUGCAGGGUGUCAAGCUGGCGGUGGACGAAUCGUCCGCCUUUCGAGCGCCGCAUGUUGUCGGGUUCCGCCCCGCGCCGGGAACUGGCGAGCAGCAGGUGGAGGGGGUGGCGUUUUUUCUGUCCGUCACCGGCCCGUUUGGCAGCGGCAGGGGCGUGGUUCGCAUGGUGCACACAGACGCCGGCUGGAGGGUGUGGACGCUCUUUACCACCCUUGAGGCGCUACACGGUGUUGAGGAAGCUAGAGGGCCCCGCAGGGAGGUGGGCGUGCAGCAUGGCGCUUGGGUAGGCAGGAAGAGUUGGGAGGAGAGAAGGAGGGAGGAGGUGGAGUUUGUCAGUCCGGAUGGCAAGGAAACAGGGCCGGAGGUGUUGAUUAUUGGUGCUGGACAGGCAGGCUUAAGCAUUGCUGCGAGAUUCAAGAUGCUUGGCGUGUCGGCUCUGGCGAUCGAUUGCAACGCCGCCGUGGGAGACAACUGGCGGAAACGGUACGCCCAGCUCGUUCUGCACGACCCCGUCUGGUACGACCACAUGCCGUACAUUCCUUUCCCGGACUCUUGGCCGGUGUUCACGCCCAAGGAUAAGCUGGCCGACUGGUUCGAGUUCUACGCCAAGGCUUUGGACCUUAACGUGUGGAUGUCUACCAGCUUGUCCUCGUGCAAGUGGGACGACACCAAGAGAGAGUGGACAGUUACUGUCAACCGUGUCAGUCUGCACGAUGGCCAGGUGCAGGCCAGGACCUUCUACCCAAAGCAUAUUGUUCUUGCCACAGGCCAGUUCGGCAAGCCGAAUAUGCCCCAGAUCCCAGGGAUGGAGACAUUCCAGGGUGACAUGCUCUGCCACUCAGCACACUUUGCGGGUGCUAAGCAGUCCGGUAACGGCAGAAAGGCCAUUGUCAUCGGCGCUUGCAACUCUGGGAUGGACAUAUGUCAGGAAUUCUUCGAGAGGGGCUACGAUGUGACAGUAGUGCAGCGCUCCUCCACUUGUGUUCCUUCAAGCCCUGGCGUUUUGAAGAUUACGUUUGGAGGGCUGUACGAGGAAGGGGGCCCGCCCGUUGAGGACAGUGAUAUCUCGACCCAUGGUUGGCCUAGUGAGGUUCUCAAGUCGAUCCAGGUUGAUCUGACUCGGAAGAUGGUGGAGCACGACAAGGAGAUGUUGGAUGGAUUGGAGGAAGCCGGCUUCAAGACUGACACUGGACCGCACGGCGCUGGUAUAUUUGCCAAGUACCUCCAGAAGGCCUCGGGCUACUACAUUGACGUUGGCGGCGCGAAACUGAUUUGUGAAGGGAAGAUCAAGGUCAAGCAGGGUCAAGAAGUGGUGCAGGUUCUGCCAAGAGGGCUGAGGUUUGCCGACGACACCGAGCUGGAGGCGGACGAGAUUGUGUUUGCCACCGGGUACGGUGACAUGAGGACCAUCGCAAAGGGUAUUCUCGGGGACGAGCUCACCGACAAGGUCGGCGGCACUUGGGGAUGGGACGAGGAAGGUGAGAUGAGAACACUCGGGAAGGAGAGCGGCCACCCUGGUAUUUGGUUCCAUGGGGGGAAUCUGGCCUUCUGUAGGUAUUAUUCGAGAUUGUUGGCGCUGCGUAUCAAGGCAGGCCUUGAAGGGUUUGAUGAUAGGGCUUAGAGAGGCACGGCGGGGAACCAUUGAACUAGCUAUUUUCAUUGCUGCUCUGGUGGUACAGCAGAGAGCUCUGUCAUUGUUUUAUUAGCUUUAGAUGCACACCCCUAAAAAGCCUUC